AUGAAUAGUCUCGAUGUGAAACGAAUUUUCCAAUGUGUGACGGUUGUAGUUGCUGUAUGUUUCGCCAAAAAAGUGUCACUGAGAAGUACGGUCAGCCGGCAUGGCUACCCUGUUGAAAUUCAUAACGUUACAACGGAAGACGGGUACGUUUUGGGCAUAGUACGAAUUCCGAAGCAAGGGCACACCCCGGUUCUUCUGGUGCACGGUGUGCUAUCCUCAUCGGCCGAUUGGUGCGUUCUGGGGAACAAUUCGUUGGCUUUUCGGCUGUUCGAUGCUGAUUUUGAUGUUUGGCUGCUGAACGCGAGAGGGAACACCUUUUCUCGACGUCACGCCACCUUGAGUCCCGAUAAGGAGCGCUUUUGGGACUUUAGCUGGCAUGAGAUUGGAAUGUUUGACCUUCCCGCUGUCAUCGAUUAUAGCUUGGGAAUGACUGGAUUCAAAUCGCUGCAUUAUGCAGGGCAUUCACAAGGAACGACGUCGUUUUUUGUUAUGACCUCGAGCCGCCAAGAAUACGACCGAAAAAUUAAGACAGCCCAUCUGUUGGCGCCCGUAGCUUAUAUGUACAACACCUACUCGCCUCCAACGCGGCUGUUGAUUCCGAUGACCAAAGAGCUUGGAGUAGUGGGCCGCGGACUUGGCAUGUGGGAAAUACUCGGUCGAUCAGAAAAUUUCGUGGUGGACGGUUUACAGGACUCAAUACCACCAGAGCUAUUCAUGUUCGUCGCAUACGCAUUGUGUGGUCAACGGGAGCCUCAGUUCAAAGCAACGCAAAUUCGACAAAUUAUGGAAACCUUUCCAGCGGGUGCAGCUUUGAAACAAUUAGAGCACUACUCCCAGCUGAUUUCAACCGGACGGUUUCAGCAAUUCGAUUACGGAGCGAAAGGCAACAGAAAGCGCUAUGGUGCUUCAAAACCUCCUAGUUACCGAGUGGAACGAAUCAAGGCACCGUUGGCGCUGUACUACAGCGAUAACGAUUGGUUCGUAGCGCUAAAGGAUAUCGAGCUGCUCAAGAAGAAACUAAAGAGUGUGCUUCUGGAUUAUCACGUUCCCGUGCCACAAUUCAACCAUAUAGAUUUUCUCUACGAUGAAUAUGCUUACAAAUUGUACGACGAAAUUAUUCGAGUGAUGAAAGAUAGUGAGAAGCAAGAGUAUUGA